AGCUCGGGUUGAUGAAAUGAUGCCCCCGGAGCGCAUAUUGUGCGGGUUUGGAUCGGCCUUCUUCAUCACAGCUGCACUGCUGACUGCUGUUGAGACUGCAAAGUAUAAUGCAAAACCCAGUGCAUUGGAAGACUUGAUGGGUAGCUCUACCAAUGGACUUCUCCAGUACGAGAUUGUUUACCCCCAAAAAGUGGAUUCAGCCGGAUCUUUUGUAUCAAACCUCGUGUCACACCGUGCAAGUCGGGUUCAGAGAAGACACACUGGGAAGAGCACAGAAAACUUGCCUAAUGUUUACUACCAACUGCAGUACGGUGGUCAAGACUUGCAGUUUAACCUCACACUAAACCCUUACUUGUUAGCCCCUGGAUUUCUCACAGAGCGGCGGCAUGGGGGUCUUCAGGGGUCCACAUUACAUUCUCCGGGUAAUUCUCAGUGUUAUUUUCUUGGAGAGGUGAGGAGUAAAUCAGCUCGAAAUGGACAAGCAGCUAUUAGCACUUGUGAUGGAUUGACAGGGCUGUUUAAACUUGCUGAGGAGGAAUUCUUCAUCAGGCCAGCGGAGCAAACACACGGGGAAUACGAGCCGCAAGCUCAUGUCAUCUUUAAGCGACAUACUACUCAGGGCAACAGCCAGCUGGUGCAGCCUUUGUUUGAGGGGAACACAGUCAAUGGGACCUGCGGAGUCAAAGAUGGUUCAGGAGGAUCACACCGCUCUGAGAGGCAGCGAGAGCGCUGGGAGAAACGCCACCAGCGGAGAAGACAACGCUCAAUCAGCAGGGAGAAAUGGGUGGAGACUUUAGUGGUAGCUGACCCAAAAAUGGUGGAGUACCAUGGCAGGAAUGGGGUGGAAAGCUAUAUUCUGGCAGUCAUGAACAUUGUUGCAGGAUUGUUUCGUGAUGCCAGCAUUGGAAAUUCCAUUAACAUUGUAGUUGUACGUCUCAUUCUGCUAGAAGAGGAAGAGGAGGACUUGAAGAUCACUCACCAUGCUGACAACAGCCUAAACAGCUUCUGCAAAUGGCAAAAGGGCAUUAAUAUGAAAGGAGAUGACCAUUUAGUUCAUCAUGAUGUGGCUGUCCUACUUACAAGGAAAGACAUCUGUGCUGCGACCAACAAGCCGUGUGAGACACUUGGUCUCUCUCAUGUGGCCGGCAUGUGUCAGCCUCAUCGCAGCUGCAGCAUUAAUGAGGAUACAGGACUGCCGCUGGCUUUCACCGUAGCACACGAGCUGGGACACAACUUUGGAAUUGAACACGAUGGCAACGGAAACGACUGUGAGCCGAUCGGGAAGAGACCGUUUGUGAUGUCUCCUCAGAUUCUGUAUGGAACCUCACCACCAAACUGGUCUCGCUGCAGUCGCCAGUACAUCACCCGUUUUCUGGAUCGCGGUUGGGGCUGGUGUCUGGAUGAUCCUCCUGGCAAAAAUGACUUGCCCGCACUGUCUGUGCCACCUGGCAUUCUUUACAGCGCUGCCCACCAGUGCCGCCUCCAGUACGGCUCCAACUCACUCCUUUGUGAUGACAUGGAUAAUGUCUGCAGCACUUUGUGGUGCACUGUAGAUUCCACCUGUCAUUCAAAGCUGGAUGGAGCGGUGGAUGGCACCAAAUGUGGCGAGGGCAAAUGGUGUUUGAGGGGCGAGUGUGUAUCAGCGGGGUAUCAGCCGGAAAAAGUGAAUGGUGGAUGGGGGCAGUGGAGCGAGUGGACCACCUGCACCAGGACCUGCGAUGCAGGAGUGCAGCACUCACACAGAGACUGUGUCAAUCCGGCCCCAAAGAACGGGGGCAGAUACUGCCUCAGAGAGCGACGCAGGUACAAAAUCUGUAACCCUGAACCCUGUGCUCGGGGCCAGGCCAACUUCAGAACUAUCCAGUGCAGCAAGUUCAACAGUGUUCCCUAUAAGGGCAAGUUCUACCAGUGGGUGCAUGUCAAUAACCAAAUUAAUCCAUGUGAGCUGCACUGCCGGCCAGUGAAUGAGCAUUUCUCAGAAAAGAUGCUGGACACUGUAAUUGACGGUACACGAUGCUACGAGGGAAACCAGAGUCGAGACAUGUGUAUUAGUGGAAUCUGCAAGAAUAUUGGCUGUGAUUAUGAGAUUGACUCCAAUGCAGUUGAGGAUCCUUGUGGCGUUUGUCAUGGCAACGGAUCUACGUGUGAAACCGUGAAGAAGACCUUUGAAAAGAGUGAAGGACUGGGCUAUGAAGACAUUGGUCUGAUUCCAGAAGGGGCACGAGAUAUCCACAUUGAGGAGAUGGCUGAGGCUGGAAACUUUUUGGCUUUACGCAGCAAUGAUCCAGAAAAGUAUUUUCUCAAUGGUGACUGGACAAUCCAGUGGACAGGCGACUACAAGGCAGCAGGGACUGUGUUCACAUAUGACAGGACAGGCCACCAGGAGAACCUGACCUCACCUGGACCAACCAUGGAGCCAGUCUGGAUUCAGUUGCUCUUUCAGGAAACAAACCCAGGUGUGAGGUACCAGUACACAAUCAGUAGAGACAUACUGACAGAGUCCAGUGAUGGGAACUCUGUGUCUGAUUUCCAGUGGAAGCACGGAGCAUGGACGGAGUGCAGUGUCACAUGUGGACGAGGUUUUAGGGGACAGGUUGUGCAUUGUAUCGAGCGCUUGUUUGGAAUUGUUGAAGAGCAUUACUGUGAUUCAUCCACUCGGCCGGAUGACAAUCGAGUUAGCUGCAAUGCUGAAUCAUGCCCGGCCACAUGGUGGGCUGGGGAGUGGCAGAAGUGCUCAUCAAGCUGUGGGGAAUCAGGCCUGACCAAGAGAACCGUGGUAUGUGUCCAGAGUUUGGGCCUCGAUGAACAGAAGGCCGUGCAGCCCUCCGAUUGCCAACACUUGACCAGGCCUGAGUCCAUUUCUCACUGCAACACACACAUUCACUGUCCUGCUGACUGGACUACAGGAAACUGGUCAGAGUGCUCUUUGAGCUGCGCAGGAGGCGUGGAAACACGUGAGGUUCUGUGCAGCUGGAAUACCAUGGUUGACUGUGAUCCUCAAACCAAGCCUGCUUCUGACAAGCCAUGCAAUACUCAGCCAUGCCCAACAAUUAUGGAUGCUGACUGGUCUGGAAGUGGCUCAUCAAGCAAGGAGGUUCUCAAUGAGAUAACAUCAGUACUUCAUCACAAUCAUUUAUCGAAGUUUGCUUCGGAAACAGCAAGGGCACAGCCACGGGCAAGCAAUGCCCUAAACAACGCCAUCAGUAGCGACUUGGAUCAGAAUCACAUUGAACCGGACAAGUCAGUUGUAAACAAUGUUUUAAUCGAUGACUUUUACUAUGACUACAACUUCAUAAGGUUUCAUGAGGAUCUGCUGUAUGAUUUUGAAAAUGAAGAAAACGUAGAAUCAGAUCACUCUGCAAUGAAGCAACCUGAACCUACAGUUUACAAGGAAGAAGCAGAAACUUCCACAGCUACCUCAUUAACAUCUUCUUCUACAGUCCUGCCAACUGCCUCACCAUCCAAGGACAAGGGUCCUCGUUUUGACCACCAUGAUCAGAGCUAUCUGGAAGAUGAUUACUUCCUGCCUGUUGACACAACAGCCAGACCACGCUCUCCUGUCACCAGGCUAUCUGAGAAUCUGAAAAACUUGCACCAAGUUGAUCUUGCACCAACUCAGGACUUAAGCACUACACAAAGCCCAGCAACAACAAAUGAGGUGCCAUUUAAAGAAUUACCAACUUCCCCUGAUGUAAAAAUACCAAACAUUUUUUUAAGUUCAGAGCCUCUUUAUGUACAUCCUACUGAAGAUAAAUACAAUCACAAAAACAUUCCCAUAGAAGAUUAUUCAACCCUGAUGCCUGUAACUCAGACGGAUAAUGAGGAGUUAGCUACGAAGAACAAAGGCAUAAAGGUGGAGGUUGGCAAGAAUGCACCUAGAGGCAAAAAUGAACAAGAGGAACCUUCUUAUUUAUUUAGUACUGACAGUACGACAGAUGCCUAUAAAGUAAAAUAUGAUGAUCUCACUACUGAGAGGACUAUAGCUUCAACUCUGUUACCACUGACUACAACCACAGGAGAACAAAAGGAGUCUUCACAUGCUUGGACAGAGAUAGAUUUCAACAACAUUCCUGUCCCUCCGUUCGUAGGGUUUACAAAACAUUUUACCCCAGAUUAUUUAGAAUCUCCAACUCAGGGUACCAGUGACCAGAAUGACGCCAUCACCUCUGACACAGUUGUAGACCCUCUGCUCCCAGCUGCAACCACAGCAUUCUGGAUGGCUGGCAACUGGAGCUCAUGCUCCACCAGCUGUGGGCUUGGUGCCGUUUGGAGGUCGGUGCACUGCAGCACAGGAAUCCACUCGGACUGUGAUAUAGUGAAGAAACCAGUGCCAGCACGACGCUGCCACCUUCGACCCUGUUCUGCGUGGAGGGCAGGAGAGUGGAGCAAGUGCUCGAAGAACUGUGGAGGAGGUAUACAGCUGCGUGAGAUCCAGUGUUAUGAUGUUCAUGAUCAAAGACUGCUCAGGCCUUUUCACUGUCAGGCGACUUCAGCACGACCCUCUGUUUAUAUCCCCUGCAACACUCAGCUCUGCUCGGACUGGUACACUUCAUCAUGGGGACAGUGUUCAGAGCUGUGUGGUGGUGGAGAGCAGCAGAGAUUGGUCACAUGUCCUGAAGAUGCCGUAUGUGAUGAGGCACUGAAACCCAACACUAUUCAGAAAUGCAACGAGCAGCCCUGCACCCAGUGGGUGACCGGGUCCUGGGGUCAGUGCUCGGUGACCUGCGGUGGAGGUGUACAGCGCCGUCUGGUGAAGUGUGUGAACAUAAAGGCGGAGGAAGAGGAAAAGGAGGACGUCCAGUGCGAUCAUGAACCUUGGCCUGAAAACACACGCCAAUGUAACCUACACGACUGCCAGGUGUGUUCGAAUGACCGUCUAAAAUUCAGUUUCUGCCAGAAGCUCCAGUGGCUCGGCCAGUGUGAACAGCCUACAGUUCGAUCCCAGUGCUGCAAAACCUGUGAACGACACAACCGCAGCAACGAUUGUGCCAGCCGCCGCUAAAGUGGAAAUAACAGCUGGAUGAAUGACGAAUAUAACCAGCAAAUAUGUCUCUUUUUUCUGAGUAUGCACAACAAUU